AUGAGUGAAAUUGCUACUGAAUUCAGUACAAUCACCGAAACGGGCACCAUUGAGAAUGUGACCUGCGAGUACCAGAACAACAGCACUGAAGAUGACGAGGAUGAAGCGAAGAGCACUCUCAUCGACUAUCCCUUCUCAGUGUCCAUUCAGAAGAAGGGAGCUCAUUACGUUUCUGGUGCCCUGAUAGAUAAAAGAUGGAUUCUGAGCGUGGCUGCGGAGUUUUAUAAUGUGAGAGAAUCACUGAAAUUGUUCAGAGCAAGACUAGGAUCCGUGGACUGCAAAAGAGGUGGAUCAUUGGUGCCCUUCAAAAAGAUAGAAAUCCAUCCUUACUACAUUUAUGGGAAACCGAACUUUGACGUGGCUCUCUUGAGAAUGGCGAUACCUGUUGAUUACUCUGAAGUCCUGAGACCAAUAGGGAUUUCUAAUAUCAAUGGGAAGGUGCUGAGUGCCAAGUUUAUGACUACGUACUGGCCAAGGAUAGUGCUAAAUGGAAGAACAUUACCCCAAACGGCAAAGGAAAGGGUAAAAUACAACAGCAUGCGAGUAUCGACACAAAGACUGAUUCCAAUGGAUAAAUGUAAAAACAUCAUGGCGGCCAUUAAAGAGUACAUCAAUGAGUCCAGUCUAUGCUUGAAGCCAGUUGUUACUCAUCACAGCGUGUGCAUGCCAGACGCAGGAGCUCCAGUGAUAGCAGAAGAUGGACUAUGGGGCAUCACAUCUGGUUGGAUAGCUCCAUCAUGCCCCAAUUUCGCAGCACCUACAAUUUUCACGCGACUCUCCUCACCGUCUGUGCGCUCCUGGUUAGACACACAACUGCUUAAUCUUUAGGUUAAGGUUAACCAAUCACGCUUCCUCACCGCAUUCCACAACGUCCGCAACAGCUGUGGCAACAGGUUGUUACGACAUUUUGUUACAAGGGUAACAUAACGAUGCAAGAUACCAAGCGAAUACCUUUGUGAGAUUUUUAACACGCUUUUUAUCUUCUUCUGUGUAUGAAUUCCUAGUAGAAUGCACAGCUGAUUUUUGUUUCAUCAUUACCAGUAAGAUAAGUAAAUGUUACUUUACUUUUUUACUUGUUGCAAUUAUUAUUUUUGUUGUACCUAUUGUUAAUAAUUUAUAUGUUAAAGUAUUACACACAUAAUAGUACAUAGUACCUACUUAAUAUUUAAUAGUUUCUCAAUUAAUAAAAAUAGAUAGGUAUUCAUAUAAUUUAAUUUAGUUUUUGUUGCUAAUUGUUUGUACUGAGCGAAAAUUAUACUGUAAUUAUUUAAUUAGAAAAGAACAUUUUAUUCAUAAAAGUAUGAGAAAAAGCGACCUUUUGAUUUUCCUCCCUUUCGUUUUCAAAAUGAAUGUUUCAAAAUUAAAAUCCCCUUCAGAUGUUCUCAGCCAAAAUGGAUUCGCUGAUGUAAGUAAUGAAUAAAAUUGUUGUCUUUUUUCUACAUGUACUGUGUUACUCGUUUUAUUGGGUAGGUAUUCUCAUUUAAUAAUUGUAGGUAUACAGCAAUACCACAUACUUAA